UGCCCGCCACGCUUUACAUUACGAUUUCUCCUUCUCUAGCCAGAUAUCUUGGGCUGCAAACUCCGGCGGCGCGUUCCCCUUCCAAGCCACACUUGCAACUACGGCAACUCACCCCAGCGACCUCUCUCUCCUUUUGGCGAUUGUGACUGAUGCGGCGGCGUUUCUAGCGGCGUCUCUCCGCCGAGCGUACAAAGCAGUCCGGCGACUUCUCUUUCCUCCCACUUGACGAGCGAAGUAGCGGCAACCAGCAGCAGUUUUCUCAUAUUCGGCAAGGGUUCAGCCUAAAACCUUUCUUAAUUAAGCAAAUAAGAAAAAGGGGAGAAAGAAAAUGCUGAAGACAAAGUACAAGCGAUUGAAGGGAAGCCAAAUUCUGAGGCAAAGGUUGUUGCUCGCAACAUUGAGCCACACUCCAGUUCUAAUCGAGGACAUUCGAACAGACGAGACCUGGCCAGGCCUACGACCCCAUGAGGUCUCGUUUCUCCGAUUGAUGGAGAAAAUUUGUGAUGACUCUUUCAUUGAAAUCAAUGAGACCGGAACAAAAUUGAAGUACAAACCUGGCAUUGUGAUGGGCGGGAGACAUUUGGUGCACGAUUGUGGUACCAGUCGUGCUAUUGGUUAUUUUCUCGAACCGUUGAUUGUUCUAGCAUUGUUUGGUAGGAAACCCCUCUCCAUUAAUCUGAAAGGUAUUACUAAUGACUCGAAGGACCCAUCGGUAGAUACUUUCAAAUCAACGACCUUGCCCAUGUUAAAGCACUUUGGAGUUGAUCUUAAAGACGUGGUCUUGAAAAUAGAAAGUCGCGGAGUACCACCUCAUGGUGGGGGAGAAGUGACCUUGACCCUCCCAACGGUUAAAAGUUUAUCGGCAAUAUCUUGGACCGAAGAAGGAAUGGUCAAAAGCAUUAGAGGGGUUUCAUUUUCAACUAGAGUUUCUUCUCAGUUCGAGCAUGCUAUGAUAACUUCGGCUCGUGGAGUGUUUAAUCGUCUACUUCCAGAUGUGCACAUAUUCACUGAUCAUAGAAAGGGACCUCAAGCUGGAAACUCACCUGGGUUUGGCAUUUCACUGGUCGCGGAAACUACAAAAGGUUGUUUUAUAUCUGCUGAUACCACAGUUUCAUAUGGACAUGCUGGAGAAUCAACCGAGUUUGAAGAAGAGAAGAAAGAGCUCCCACCUCCCGAAGAUAUUGGUGAACAAAUGGCGUAUGCUCUGCUCGGUGAGAUUAAUCAAGGUGGCGUAGUUGACUCAACACACCAGGGAUUAUUGUUCCUUCUUUGUGCAUUAUGCCCUGCAGACGUUUCGAAGGUUCGGGUCGGAAAGCUAACACCAUAUGGGAUAGAAACUCUCAGAAACAUUGAAGACUUCUUGAAGGUAAUGUUUAAUAUUGAAGCCGAUCCUUCCAACGGAACGGUCGUCCUGAAAUGUGUUGGUUCUGGAAUGAUUAAUCUAUCUAGAAAGCACUCUUGAUCGUUGAGAAAGAUGUAACUUCAUCAAAAAAGCUCGGAGAAAAUGAGUUCAAUAGCGUAUCAAAUCUACCUUCAAGGAAUUGAUGUAUUUUGAGAUAGGAUUAGACAACAAUUUUGUUUUGCAUUUAUCCAAUCUAAAAAACGAGUACGUUAUCGAA